AUGGUCAAUCUGGAUUACCAUACGGAAAAUUUGGAGAGGGGAAAAUUUGUGCGCAUUGCUAUUGAUCUUGAUAUGACUAAGCCCCUCCCAACUCGAAUCCGUCUAGAUGGAGCCUGGCAGCAAGUUGUUUAUGAGAAUCUCCCGGUCAUUUGUUACUCUUGUGGAAAGAUUGGACAUACGGAAGAAGUUUGCCCACUGAAGCAACCACCGCAACCACUAGCCCUGGUAGUCUCGUCGGAACAGUCUUUCCAACACUCGCCGAAAACAGAGCUGACGGUGACUCCCGCCUGUUAUGGCCCCUAG